AUGAACAUAAUACCGCAACGCGCCAUUCCAUAUAUUGUUUUAGUAGGCGCUUUUUUGUACAAUCUUAAUAUUGGAAUACUCAAUUCUUAUGGAAAUCUAAACAUUUAUUUAACAUCCUAUUUGAGAUAUAAGGGAAACAAUGUGACAUACAGAAGUGUAUCAUUUAUUUAUGAAUUAACUGUCAUAACAUUAGGAUUAUCUAUGUUAUUAGGAAAUUAUGUACAAAAAAAGUUAGGAGAAAGAUUAACUAUAUUUAUAUCAUGUAUUGGAAUAUUUUUAUCAUUUUAUUUAUCCUCAAUAUAUACACAUUCUUAUUAUUUAUUAUGUAUAUUUAUGGGUGUCACAUAUGCAAUAGGAUAUGGAAUAUCUUUUACUAUUCCUUUAUCAUGUGCAUAUAAACAUUUUACAAAAAAUCGAGGAUUAAUUAGUGGAAUUGUUAUAUCAGCAAUUUCUUUAAGCCCAUUUUUAUAUUGUCCAUUACAAACCUUAAUCAUAAAUAAAGAUAAUAUAUUACCAAUUCAAUCUGGAAAUGAUUCAAAAGAAAUGUAUUUUAAAGAUCUUAAUGUUUUAAAUAGAGUACCAUAUGUUCUUUUUAUUCAGUCAAUUAUAUUUUUAAUUUUAGCUACCCUUGGAGGGUUAAUGGCAACAAUUCAUACUGUAAAUGAUUCUAUUGAUAGUGAAAAUGUUGCAAUUUUAGAAAAAACAAAUAAAAAUGGAAAUUUUGGAGAUAAUGAUACUUGUUUGGAUAUAGAAAAAGGAAAUAAUUCUAAAAAUUUGGGAGAAAAUAAUGAAUCUGGUUUAUUUAAAUCAUUAAAAAAAAAAAAAAAAAAAAAAAAAGGAUCUGAUAUUUUAAAUAUGGAUGAUUAUUAUAGUGACCUAUAUAAAGAUAAAAAAUUUAUUUUUUUUAUAUUUUAUGCUCCUUUAAAUUUUUUUAAUAAUUUAAUAAACAAAUUAAAACAAAGAAAAGGAUAUUAUCUUAAUAAAAAAUGUACAGAAGAUAUAUUAUUUUUUGUUUUAUGGUUAUCUAUUGUUUUAUAUAAUGGUUAUAUUAAUUACAUAAUUAUGUAUUGGAAAAUUAUAGGAGUAACAUACACACAAAUUGAAGAUACAAUAAUAACACUUAAUGGAAGUUUAAUAAAUAGUAUGACAAAUAUAGCAGGCCGAUUAAUAUGGGGUAUAAUAUAUGAUAAAAUAAAUAUGAAUACAACUAUAUUACUACUUGGACUUUUUAUUUCACUUGCAUGUUUUACAUUACCAGCAAUUGCUCAUAUAUAUCCUUUAUAUGCAAUUUGUUGUGGAGUCUUUUAUUUUUGCAUUGGUGGAAGUUUAGUUACUAUACCAGUAAUCACUUUAAAAAAAUAUGGCGAAAAAUAUUUUUCUUUAAAUAUGUCUAUUUUAUAUACUUCAAGAAUAGCUAACACAUUUUUGUGUAGUUUAAUUGUUAAAUAUUUUUAUCAUUGGCUUAAGCUUCGUUGUUUAAGUUCAAUUUUUGGCAUCCUCUCUAUUAUUUCGACUAUCAUUCUCUUUGGAAUUACAGUCUAG